UCGGACAUGGAAAGUGGCCUGCAGAAUUUCAUCACCCUCAUAAUAGUUGUGCAGUUCAUAAUUGGGAAUUUGAGCAAUGGAUUUAUAGUAUUAAUAAAUGUCAUUGACUGGGUCAAUAAAAGAAAGCUUUCCUCAGUGGAUCAAAUUCUCAUCAUCUUGGCAAUUUCCAGAAUUGGUGUGAUCUGGGAAAUAUUAGCAAGUUGGCUAAAACCUGUUCAUUAUUCAUUUUCAACUGUGGAUAAAGAAAAUAUAAAAAUUGUUUUUUUUAUCUGGGCAGUCUUCAAUCAUUUCAGUCUCUGGUUUGCUACAAUCCUCAGUAUCUUUUAUUUGCUCAAAAUAGCCAGUUUGUCCAGUCCUAUCUUUCUCUAUCUGAAGUGGAGAGUAAAAAAUGUGAUUCUGACCAUACUGCUAGGAACUUUGGUUUUCUUGUUUUUAAAUAUGAUACAAAUAAACACACACAUUGAAGACUGGAAAUAUGGACAUGAAAGAAACGCAACUUGGAAUUCCACAGUGAGUGACCCUGCAAAAUUAUCAACGUUCAUCAUAUUCAACAUUAUCAUGUUCUCCCUCACACCAUUUAUUCUGGCCCUGAUCUCUUUUCUCCUGCUUAUCAUCUCCUUAUGGAAACACGUCCAGAAGAUGAAUUGCAAAGGAUACAGAGAUCCCAGGAUGAAGGCCCAUGUCAGUGCCCUGAAAAUUAUGGUUUCUUUUCUCCUCCUCUACACUAGUUACUUUCUGUCCCUUCUCAUACCAUGGAUUUCUCAGAUGCCCCAGAGUGACUUGGUCCAUGCACUUUCCCUAACUAUUGGACUUGUGUAUCCUUCAAGCCAUUCUCUCAUUCUGAUUCUGGGAAACUCCAAGUUAAGGCAGGCCAUUCUUUUCAUGCUGAGACAGCUAAAGUGUGUGAUGAAGAAUAAAGAUCAGAGGGUCACAUAA